AACACCAAAACAGAAAGUCCAACAAUAUAGAAGAAGAAGAAUGAAGCUUACAAGUCCUUUAUCGUUUCUUCCCUCUUUAAUUCUUCUUGUCUACUUGGCUUCGGAAGCCAUCCUUGCUUCUAAAGAUUCGUCUUCAUAUGUGGUGUACUUUGGAGGUCACUCCCAUGUCGGGGAGAUAACAGAAGAUGCAAUGGAUCGAGUCAGAGAGACCCAUUACGAAUUUCUUGGUUCCUUCAUUGGAAGCCACGAGAUAGCCGCAAACGCCAUUUUCUACUCAUACACAAAGCACAUCAACGGCUUUGCUGCUCAUCUCGACCACGACCUCGCAUCUGCAAUCUCCAAACACCCUGAAGUUGUGUCUGUAUUUCCAAACAAGGCCUUGAAGCUUCACACAACUCGAUCAUGGGACUUCUUGGGAUUAGAACACAACUCUUUCGUUCCUUCCUCUUCCAUUUGGAGGAAGGCAAGAUUCGGAGAAGAUUCCAUUAUUGCAAAUCUCGAUACGGGUGUGUGGCCAGAAUCAAAGAGCUUUAGGGAUGAAGGAUUGGGACCAAUUCCUUCAAGAUGGAAGGGAAUAUGUCAAAACCAGAAAGAUGCCACUUUUCAUUGCAACAGGAAGCUGAUCGGAGCAAGGUACUUCCACAAGGGCUACGCAGCCGCCGUGGGACCACUCAACUCUUCCUUCGACUCUCCACGUGAUCUCGACGGCCAUGGCUCCCACACUCUCUCCACCGCCGCCGGAUCUUUCGUCCCCGGCGCCAGCGUCUUCGGCCAAGGCAACGGCACAGCCAAAGGCGGCUCCCCACGCGCCAGAGUCGCCGCCUACAAAGUCUGUUGGCCGCCGGUCAAAGGCAACGAGUGCUACGACGCCGACGUUCUCGCCGCUUUCGACGCCGCCAUCCACGACGGUGCUGACGUCAUCUCCGUCUCGCUUGGCGGCGAGCCUACCUCGUUUUUAAACGACAGCGUCGCAAUCGGGUCGUUCCACGCCGUGAAGAAGCGGAUCGUAGUAGUCUGCUCUGCCGGAAACUCUGGACCGGGAGAUGGUACGGUGGCGAACGUCGCGCCGUGGCAGAUCACCGUCGGAGCUAGCACCAUGGAUCGCGAGUUUGCUAGUAAUCUCAUCCUCGGUAACGGAAAGCAUUACAAGGGACAAAGCUUGUCAUCAACAUCUUUGCCACAUGCUAAGUUCUACACAGUAAUGGCAGCUUCGAAAGCAAAAGCUAAGAACGUUACUGCUUCUGAUGCACAAUUAUGCAAACUUGGAUCGCUUGACCCCAAAAAGGCAAAAGGGAAGAUAUUAGUUUGUCUUAGAGGACAGAACGGGAGGGUGGAGAAGGGACGUGCCGUGGCUUUAGCUGGAGGCGUAGGGAUGGUUCUUGAGAACACUAAUGUCACUGGGAAUGAUCUAACCGCUGAUCCGCAUGUCCUCCCUGCCACACAGCUCAGUUUCAAGGACAGUCUUGCCCUGUCAAGAUAUAUCAGUCAAACCAAUAAGCCGAUUGCGCAUAUUACUCCUUCGAGGACAGUUUUGGGAACAAAACCUGCGCCUGUAAUGGCUGCUUUCUCGUCCAAGGGUCCGAGCUCGGUGGCUCCUGAGAUUCUGAAGCCGGACAUAACUGCGCCUGGUGUGAGUGUGAUCGCUGCCUACACUGGAGCAGUAUCUCCAACAAACGAACAGUUUGAUGCUCGUCGUCUUCUGUUCAAUGCUGUUUCAGGGACUUCCAUGUCUUGUCCUCAUAUCUCUGGCAUUGCGGGUCUUCUUAAAACCCGUUAUCCUUCUUGGAGUCCUGCAGCUAUCCGCUCUGCCAUCAUGACUACCGCAACAACAAUGGAUGAUAUUCCCGGACCCAUCCAAAACUCAACCAAUAUGAAGGCAACACCUUUCAGUUUCGGGGCAGGACAUGUCCGACCAAAUCUAGCUGUGAAUCCCGGUUUAGUAUACGAUUCAGGCAUCAAGGACUACCUCAACUUCUUAUGCUCCCUUGGAUACAAUGCAUCACAAAUCUCUGUCUUCUCGGGCAAAAACUUUGCAUGUAAAAGCCGUAAAACCAGUCUGUACAACCUUAACUAUCCUUCCAUCACAGUUCCGAACCUGUCAUCGCGCAAAGUCACCGUCUCAAGGACCGUUAAAAAUGUUGGACGACCUUCAACCUAUACAGUUCAGGCGAAUAACCCACAUGGUGUUUAUGUCGCAGUUAAGCCAACAAGCUUAAAUUUCACCAAAGUUGGAGAACAAAAGACGUUUAAGGUGACCCUUGUGAAGCGUAAGGGGAAAGUGGCAAAGGGAUAUGUGUUUGGAGAAUUGGUUUGGUCAGACAAGAAGCAUCGUGUGAGGAGUCCCAUUGUGGUGAAGCUCUGACUCUGAUUUUUAGUUCCAACGAUGAUAUUUGUAUCUGUUUGAAUUUUAAGGUUUAAAAGAAAGGCGUAGUUGUGAUUUAUAUUUGAGAGGAAUCAUCAUCAUUCUUCAGCAGUGUAAUGUUUUGCUGAUCAUCAUCAUAAUAAUGGCACAUAAACCAUUCUUG